AUGCUUCUAGAAGCUGUCUCUGUAUUGGAUCAGCUAGAGACACUAGCAUGCCUGGUCUUUCUGCGGUAUCUUAUCAGCCCUCUGGAGAUUCAAACUUGUGCUUGUAGAGGCCAAUUGAAAUUGUCACAACAAGAUGAAUCUGUGUUGAUUCGUGCUACUGCACUUGUUGAACCAAAUCUUUCAUUUUCAUAA